AUGUCAAAAACCUUUACGAAGGAUGACGUGUCGUCGCAUAGCAAAGGUGACAGCCUAUACAUUGUGAUUGACGAGGACGUCUACGAUGUCACCAAAUUCCAAGAUGAACACCCUGGUGGAAAGAAAAUUCUCCAAAGAGUUGCCGGGAAGGACGCCUCGAAGCAGUUCUGGAAGUACCACAAUGAGGGAAUCUUGAAAAAGUACAAGAGUCAACUGCAAAUUGGUUCUUUGGAUACCAAGGCCGCACCGGAACCUGCACCAGCCGCCCCAACUCCUGCCCCCAAGGCCGAGCCCAAGCCACAAUCUGCUUCUGGCGAUGUGAAGCCCCCAGCAACUGCUGAGCCACAAGAUCCUUUUGGCGAGUUGAUUCCUUUCGCCGAUCCUUCAUGGUACCAGGGUUAUUCCUCCCCCUACUUCAACGAGACCCACGCUGCUCUCCGCGAGGAAAUCCGCCAAUGGGUCGAUACAGAGAUCGAGCCUUAUGUUACCGAGUGGGAUGAGGGCAAGGAGGUCCCCGCUCACAUCUAUAAGCAGAUGGGUGAGCGGGGCUACUUAGCCGGUCUGUUGGGUGUCAAGUACCCCGAACAGCACACACCCUACCGUGUGAAUGCCGUGACACCGGACCGCUGGGACUUGUUCCACGAGAUGCUGCUGACCGAUGAGCUGUCGCGCGCCGGUAGCGGUGGUCUAGUGUGGAACUUGGUUGGCGGUUACGGUAUUGGUUGCCCGCCCCUGGUGAAGUUUGGAAAGAAGGCACUAGUCGACCGCAUCCUCCCCGGCAUUCUGGCCGGUGAUAAGCGUAUCUGCUUGGCCAUCACUGAGCCUGAUGCCGGUAGUGAUGUGGCGAACCUUGGUUGUGAAGCCAAGCUUAGCGAGGACGGCAAGCACUACAUUGUUAACGGCGAGAAGAAGUGGAUUACCAACGGAAUCUGGGCUGAUUACUUUACCACCGCUGUGCGGACAGGUAAGCCCGGCAUGAACGGCCUCAGCGUUCUGCUUAUUGAGCGCGAGGCGGGUGGUGUCAGCACCCGUCGCAUGGAUUGCCAGGGUGUCCUGAGCAGUGGCACCACAUACGUUACCUUUGAGGACGUCAAGGUGCCCGUGGAGAAUCUGAUUGGGAAGGAGAACCAGGGUUUUAAGGUCAUCAUGACUAACUUCAACCACGAGCGCAUUGGUAUUGUCAUCCAGUGUGUUCGCUUUGCCCGAGUCUGUUACGAGGAGUCUAUGAAGUAUGCACACAAGCGCAAGACCUUCGGCAAAAGCUUGAUUGACCACCCGGUCAUUCGUAUGAAGCUCGCUCACAUGGCGCGUCAAAUCGAGGCCACCUAUAACUGGUUGGAGAAUAUUAUCUUCCAGUGCCAGUGCAUGGAAGAGACCGAGGCAAUGCUCAAGCUGGGUGGUGCUAUUGCUGGCCUCAAGGCGCAGUCCACCCAGACCUUUGAGUUCUGUGCCCGUGAGGCCAGUCAGAUCUUCGGUGGCCUGAGCUACAGCCGUGGUGGCCAGGGCGGUAAGGUCGAAAGACUGUACCGCGAUGUUCGUGCUUAUGCCAUCCCUGGUGGAAGCGAGGAGAUCAUGCUGGAUCUAAGUAUGCGCCAGAGCUUGCGUGUGCACGAGAUGUUUGGCAUGAAGCUCUAA